UAUUUUCAGUAUAAAGAUAACAAUCAUUUUCUUAAGUUUGUCAAAAAAAAAAAAAAACAAUCAUUUUCUAAAUUAUGUUCCUUAAUUGAUCCAAUCACUUAAUAAUUUUAUUGACGUAAAAAGAAAAAAGAAAAACAAUAAUUAGACUCAUUUUAUAAGUGGUCCUUUACACGUCAGAGGUGCGUCUUCUACGAAAAGCCCUGUCAACAUAGCGAAACCUUAAUGACCUUUCUUUGGUUAUACCGACGUUGAAGCACACGUGGCAAUAUUUCACACGUGCGCUUGCGUGUGUAAUACAUAUAUAUCCCACACACACAUAAACCUCUUUGAGAGUAAUCAAAGCGAAAAAAAAGAAGAAAAAUGGAAUGCAGAAAGCACAACCACCAAAGCAACAGAGGAGUUUGUCCUUGUUGUUUAAGAGAUAAACUCUCUCGAUUACCUAAUACUACGUCGUAUUACAUCAUUCACCGAUCUUCUUCUUCCUCCACCACCGUUUCGUCUUCUCCGUCGUCUCCGGCGGUGAAGGAUCAUCGGAGAGCUGGUUCGAUGUCCAUGUCUUUCGCUGUGAGGGAAGCGUUGAGUGGUAAUCUGAUUGAAGCUUUUGGUGGAGGAUUGAAGAAAAGCAGAUCUAUGGCUCAUGUUCCCAAGGAUUAUAUUGUUAGGGAUUCGACGAAGAAGAAGACGGAGAAAUUGAAAUCUACGUCGGUGAAGAAGAAGACUGGGUUUUGGACUAAGUUGCUUCAUCUGAAAGGGAAAGGCGGUGGCGCCGUCGACGUCGGAGGGUUUGUUUCUUCACGGCAACGAGUUUAUUAAACGACCAACUUUAGUUUUUUCCUGAAACGUUUAUUUUUGAUGUGUACAGUUACAGAUAAAGAAAGUUAAAUGGUGGAAAAUAAUGAAAGUCAUUUCUGAUUAAUGAAAAUAGAGAUUAGUAUUGGCCAAAAAAA